UUGAAAAAGAAUUUAUGUAAACCAAAAAUUCAGUUUGUCUCAAAAUGGAGCCCUGGGUAGACUCCAAAAUAAUGUUUCCAUUGUACCAGAUGAAAUUCAACUUAAAACCUUUAUCCAGUGAAGUACUCACCUGUUGACAUAACCAUGAUAUUUCUCUUUUGAUAUUACAUACCUAUUCCACAAAGAAUGUAUGUCUAUUGAAUAAACCCAAUAGUGAAAGUGAAUUUUAGCUGAAUUUUAUAAUGAAGAAAACAUUAACAAAUACAAACAAUACACAUAUCCCAAUCAAAUUAUUUAAUACGAAAGGUAAGACAACAAUAUUUUCUAACACUGAAAAAAAAAGGACAAAUCAAAUCAAAAUAUGCUUUAUUUUCCAAGAUUUGAACACUGAUAGCCAUUUCGUGUUGAUUUCAAUAACUUGUUUACACAAAGCUACAUGCCAAUCACUCGAUAUAGUCUUGGUAGAAUUCGUCCACACUAAUUCAGAAAUAUAGAAAGUUGGUAUGUAUGCAAUCUACCCUAAAUUUAUCUUUUUAUUCCAAAUAUUUUCAUUUUCACAUGUAACAUAUUUUUCUAGAAUCCACAUAAUGUCUGGAGUAGUAGAAGGACCGGUCACAAGUUCUCACGAUACAACUUAUGUUAAUAAUUUGAGGUAUGCUGUACAACUUCUUCAGAAGGAAAAUAUAUUAGGGAUCAUCGAGCCAAUCAAUAGCUACUCAGUACCUAACUACUAUAUGAAUUGUUAUAAAAAAGCAUUAUCGACUGUCAAGGAAAUCAACAGCUCCCAUUUGAAAAUAAUGCUGGAUAUUUUUCAUCUGCAGUUGAUAAAAGGCAAUAUUGGGAAUACAAUAAAGGAACUAAAAGAAUAUAUUGGUCACAUUCAAAUCGCCCAAGUGCCUAAUCGUAAUGAACCUGAUACUGAAGGAGAGAUAAAUUACAAAUAUGUACUAGAAACAAUUAAAAAAGAAGGCUAUGAUGACUGGAUAGGAUUAGAAUAUAAACCAUUGGUAAACACCACAGAGGGACUCAACUGGAUCAGGAAAUUUGGAUACAAUUUGUGAUCGUGAAAUUAUAACUCAAUGAUUGUAAAAUUAAAUAUUUAUGAAGUUU